AAAACGAUUGUGUGAAUAAUUUAUUUUUCAAGGUUAGGUUACUCGAAUACCAAAAAAUGGCAGGAAUGAGCUUACUUAGGCCUUGUUUAUCGCAAAGCCUUCGUUUAGCAUUAUUAAAUUCAAAAUUAUUUCGGGUCCCUCUGCAAAAGCAACUGCAGUUACAAGGGCAAGGUAAUGAACUAACUAACUGCCAAGGCAAUACUUUUAGAAAUGCAAACGACUCUUACCAGCUCCAAAUAGCCAAAUGUUAUUGUUAUAUAUUAUAUUAUAUAUCAUGGAGGCUAAUAAUAAUAAUAAUUACAGUACAAAAAAAACUUUUUCAAUCAAAGUAAUCUUAAUGCUUUUACUUUACUUAUACUAACAGCUAAUAAUACGUCAAUAGUUAACAUUAUGAAGGUCCAUGCAAAGCGAAUGCAUGACGUCAUUUACGUGUUUAUUUAACUCUUUCCCGCAGAAUUUUUUUAUUAAAAAAAUGUACAUUAUUUUUCGAAGGCAAAAAAUUGAGAGAGAUUGGGUUUAUUAAAAAAAAUUUAAAAUAUUAUUUUUUGGUUUAUUAAACUAAAAUUGGUAUCAAAUGAAAGAUUAUUGAAAGGACUAGAGGUCUAUAUGAUAUGUUUGUAAACUUAUUUCUUCAGUUUAAAUAAAAUAAGUUACAGAAAAUUAAAAAAAAAAUAAAAUGAGUAAAACAGAGUAUGGUUAAACCUGAAAAAUUAAACGCAACAAAACGGCGAACGUGUCGGCAGAAAGCCUUCGUCAGCGAACAAAACAACAGUCUUAUUUUUAUAACGUUUUUUCUGUUGUUUUGUUCGCUGACGAAGGCUUUCUGCCGACACGUUCGCUGUUUUGUUGCGUUUAAUUUUUCAGGUUUAACCAUACUCUGUUUUACUCAUUUUAUUUUGUACUAACCUGAUUGCAGUCUCUCCCCUUAUUACAGAAAAGAACCAUAACAUGGGAUAUGCUAAACCAUUUUUUCGCCCAAAUCCUAUAAUUCAUGAUGUACGCAUACCAAUUCAUGAUGUACGCAUUCAUACCUCAUCUUCACUUCUAUAACUCAAAUCCUCUAAAACUACUAUCAAAAUCAUCCAAUUGAUCUAAAUACAAAUCAUCUUCACUAUCAAAAGAUAUAGUACAAAACAGUUCCAAAGCUUUUUGAGCUGUUAACGGUUAAUCGUCUAGGAAACUUACUCACCUACUAGGGCCUAGAGUAGCCAUAGCAACAGUAGAAAAAAAUACCGAAGAAAAUAAUUAAAAUAAUGCUUCAAAUGACAACAAAUAAACCUUGGUUUCGCUUAUAAACAAUGAAGUACCACUCUUUUAAGUAAAAGUCUUAUUUAAAUAUAGCUCUUAAAAAGUUUAACCAAGAAAUAGCAAAGAAACAAACAUGAUACUGUGCAGAGUAUUGGUCUGUGCUUUUGAGAGUUGCGGAUGAACACAGUAUGCGUUUUUCCGCAGCGAAAGAGUUAAGAUUCUUGCAGGAGUCAUUCCCCUUCGUAUAUUUUUAGAGAAUAAUUUUUUUAUGUAUUAAUAUUAAUACACCAAGGAAUAUUUAGUUAAAUAUUGGUUUGUUUGGUUGUUUUCUGAUUUUAUUUUCAUAUGAAUGACAAAAUUAAUUGAUUAUUUUCAAAUAAACAUAAAACUUUAAUUUACCACAUUUCUUGAAAAAUUUAUGUUAAUUCAUUGGAAGAAGUGACAGCGAACGAAUAUUUCAACAUUUAUUUUUAAUUGUUGCUAGAAAAGUUAAUGUGAAUAAUUAAUGGAUAUUAAAAUAAAAGUUACAUUUUAUGUCAACAAUUACUUGCCAUAAUUUUGUUAUUUAGUGUCAUUGUGAGUGUGUGGAAACUUUAGAAAGUUUGAAAUGUUAAUGAAAAAUAGAGAAAUUAAUUUUUUAAUCAGGUACUUUAAAAUUAUGUGGAUAUAGAAAAAGGAGUGAUUAAAAAUGACGUUACAUCACUGUGCUCACUACUGCUAAGCAUACAAUUUUGGAAAAUGGCUUUGAACCAGCUCCCCUUCCAUAUCCGUCAUUGUGAAACCUCGUCCACUUUUAAAAAGUCCCUUAAAACCCAUCUGUUUAGGUCCGCCUAUGACCUGUGAUGCACUCUCCUUGCCCUGCCUCAUUUUCUGUCUCGGGCUAAUCCUGUAAUAUAGGCCAAAACGUGCCAAAGUGUCCUCGUUUUAUAGCCAUUUUAAUUGUUUCUAUAGUAUAGUAGUUACUAUCCUAAUAUCUCAUUUUUAUUUUAGUUAGUUUACAUGUUUUUAAUAAUUGUAAAGCGCUUAGAGCUUUAAGGUAAGCGCUAUAUAAAAAUGCCUAAAUAAAUAAAUAAUGUAUUUUAUUGAUUUUCUUAUAACUUUUGGAUUUUAAUUUUGUUGGAACCUGAAAUAAAGUGUGUAAAACUGUAUUAAAUGAAACUGUAAGUUGGGUUUUCAUUAUUUACUAUUAUUUUUUAGUUUUUCUUCAUUUUUACAAUUUUCUUUCUAUGAGUAACUGUAGCCCAUGUUUUUUACUUGAAGUUUAGGCUUAGACUUAGGAGAUUAGGCUUUCGGGUUUGAUUUACCGAUUUAGGGUUCAGGUUAGGUUUAGCGUUCAGAUUAGGUUUAGAUUUAGGGUUCAGGUUAGGUUUAGGGAUUGUGACCGCCAACCACUAAAAUUACGUAUCGCCUGAUUUUACUUCAUUAAAGUUACAUGUUUUUUGCUAAUUUUUCAAUUAUAAAAAAAAAAAAAAAAUAUUUUUAUUUAGAUUUUUUUGGAAACCAACGUUUGAAAAACUACUAUUAAUUUCCUUUAAAAAAAAAUAGUUCCUGUUAAAUUGCUUAUUUUCCCAUUUUCAUAUCUUUCAGUAAGUAGUUGAAAUAACAUAUUUUCACCCACCCUCUCCCUUUUUUUUUCCUGUGUGUUUACACUACUUUUUUUUUCUCGGCUGCCAUCUUGGUUGACCUGAUCCGUGACCUUUCAUGGGUCGUGUCAAUCAUGAUGGCGACCAAGGGAAAAAACAUAGCCCAAACUCUUUGCAUUUACCAUUACAAAUUCUAAAAAAUGUUAUUGUAAAUAGUAUGAAAAAUUAAUUAAAUCCAAAUCACAGUUUUGGAAUGACUAGGUGAAACUUUUAUCAGAAAAGUUUUCUUUUUUUAGUGUUCCUAAUCCAAAAGUUAACUUAGAUGAAAAUAUUCCAGAUGUUAUUUAGUACUUCAGAACCUGGAUCAUCAACAAGUGGAUCAGGUCCAUCCACCUGUGACCUUUUAAGUUUAUGAAAGGAUUGUCUUAAUUGCUCUUUAAAGAGAAAGGCAAGUGAGAAACUUGCAGGACUAAAUACAAAUCUAAAAAGUCAUAAAUACCAUGCAUGUAUAACUAAUUUAUUCUAUACACUAACUUCUUUAAUGCAACUUUUCUGCAGGAUGUGUUAUGUUAUCAGAAUUUUUUUUUUUUUAUCAUUAACACCCCCAGUCUCUUUGAUGCUCUACUGUAUUUAUUAUAUAUACUUUUCUAAGUUGUCAAGCCUCCAAACUUCAGUAGUUAAAUUAGCUUGAUAGACUUAGGCCUAACACUUAAGAUGUUUUUGAAGGCUUUUUUUGGUGUGGUUAUAUUUAUUUAUAUAUUUAUUUAGGCAUUUUUAUAUAGCGCUUACCUUAAAGCUCUAAGCGCUUUACAAUUAUUAAAAACAUGUAAACUAAGUAAAAUAAAAAUGAGACACUAGGAUAGUAACUACUAUACUAUAGAAACAAUUAAAAUGGCUAUAAAACGAGGACACUUUGGCACGUUUUAUAUCUAUUUCCUAUCUAUCUACUUUUCUACUUAGAAAAUAUUGUAUUAAACUUUUUGUGUGUUUUGUAUUUGAUUUAAUUGCUUCAAGUGAAUUAUGAGGACUUUGGUAAAAUAGAUUAAGGUGCAGCUGCUUAGUGAAUUAGUGUUUUGGAUUCAGAUAUUAAAAUUUUUUUUUGUAUUUAGAAACAAAAAAGGGGGGUGGGGUGCAGAGAGUUAAUAUCAAACUAGUUGGGACAACGUAACCACAUAGCACAUGUAAAAUACCGGAAUGGGGUGCAUAAUCUGUAAUAAUAAUAAUUUCAGAUGGCACUCCAGAAAUUUAAUGAUUGGAACGGUGUUGCACUCCAGCACUUAUUUCUCUAGUUAAUAUUUGGUCAUUCACCUUGACAUAAUGUGGGGGAUUUUGUUAAAAAGUUCAUUAUCAAUGCUUGAAUAUUUGAAUUUUCAACUUAUGAAUAAAAUUUUUAAUCAUAAGGUGGAGUUGGAUAGUGUUAAAUGCCGAUGAGAAGUCUAGGAAAAGCACUCUAUCAUAUUUUUUCAUGUUGCCUUUUUUUUCUUUAAAUAGAUUUUAGGACAUCAGAGCGCUGUGAGCAUGUUAAAAUAGCAUGGACGCAUGCGCUAUAAAAGUAUUCUAUCAUCAUAUACAAUUAUAGUAAGGUGGCAUCGACUGUACUUCAUGCAGAUUUAUAAGCAAAUUUGUGGGGGUCAAGUUUUUGCUGCAUUUCAUUUAAAAUUUGUCUGAGGAUAAAUUUCUGAAAACAUUUCUUUACAAUAGAGUAAGGUAAUAAUAUCAAGUUUAACUUUUUUCUUAGUUUCAGUAAGAAAUUCAGGCCAUGAACGCAAAAUGGUGAUUGUUCCCUCAAACUUUGAAUGGACCAGAUACAAGGAUGAUUUAGUAAGUUUAGAUCAUUAGUAAAGUGUGAAUGACAAUGAAGUUUAGAUAAGCAAUAUUUUUUAAAAAUAUAUAUUAUAUAUAAAUACUAAUUUAUUAUUUUUUUAAAAAUAAUUACACAAUUGUUCACAAAAUUUGAUUUCUGUAUAGCAUAUAAUUUAUUUUUUCUUCUUCUUUACCAGCAUUUCUACAUCAUGCUAGGUCUUGUGCCCUUGUUUGCUAUUAUAACAUAUGCAAAUAUUUUUAUCGGUGAGUGUAAUUAGCAUAAAAUUUAUUUAUUUUGAAAUGAGCUAUCAAUUUUUCUGGGUGAAAAAUAUAUUUAUAUAUGUAUUCAUGUGUCAUAAAAGUUUAAGAAAUUAGUACUAGUAGCUAUUCAUGCUUGUAUCCUGAAAUUGAUAAAAAACAAAUUUUUUGGAAGGAAUGUUGAUCCAGCAGAAGUUAGUUCAACAGAACAAAUGGAGUCAUAAACUCAACAAAUAAAAAGGGUGCUAAGUAUCAUUAUGCCAGCAAUGGUCCUUUUACAUUCAGUGGAGCAUGUAUUAAGGGAGGAAAAAGUGGGGUGAAGUGGGUACUCUAUUGUGUGCACAUUAUUUAAUCAUAAUAAAAAAUAUAUUUCACAGGUCCUGCUGAGCUCUCAGAUAUCCCUGAAGGCUAUGAGCCAAAAGAAUGGGAAUAUUACAAGGUAUACAAUAGUUAUAUUUACAGAGUCAGUUCUAUGCUCAUCAGUUUUUGUGGUAAACUCUCUGUGCAAGCAAACUCAGUUACCCAUUUUACCCUUCAUGUCUUUAAGAAAUAGAAAUUCAAAAAUAUUCUUUAUAUUAAUUAAUCGGCUGAAACUUGGCACAUAGACAUGUUGCAGAUGACAACACAUUCUAUUGAAUUUUCAGGCCCCACCCCCCAAAAAUAAGUUUUUUCUGUUUUUCAAGGGUAAGAUAAAAUGAAAUUCUCAAUAUCUGCAUGAGAUUCUUUAAAAAAGUGCGUAAUAUUUUCUUUCGUAUUUCUAAAAUUGUUGGUGAUAUAAAUCUGCUGUUGAAAAGCAGGUGGCAGUUGGAAUAUUAAUAUAGUUCAGGGCCUGAAAAAAAGUGCAAUUGAAAGCUAUUGGGGGGGAACACUAAUUGGGAUCCUUAUAAAGUGUAUUACUUAAAUGCAUGUUUUGACAAAUUAUUUGUUACAACCCCCCCCCCCCCAAUUUUUUUUUUUUCAAUACAAACUUUUGUGAAGGAUUUAUAUAAAAAUCUUUGUUUUUAUUUUAAAACAUAAAAGUUAAUUCUUACAUUUUUCAACACAAUAAACAGACUCCAAUAAAGAGGUGGUUUGCUAAGUAUAUCUACGAUGAGCCUCAAAAAGAAUAUGAAAGAACACUUCAUGUGCUUCAUCUCAGAAGGGAAGAAAGAUACUGGAAGUAAGUCUCAUAUUUCUUAAAAUAAAAUAUCUUGAUGCGUGUUGACAUUUCAGUUUGAAUUUAUUUAGUAUGAAGUCCAAGAUAUGAUAUUAACAGUAGAUCAUAAGAUGUCUUUUAAAAAAUAGUUAAAAUUGUCUAUUACUAUUAAGCAGGUGGAUAUGAUUAUAAAAUGCUGAGAUGAGGUCAGGGUAUUUGAAAAUGGACUGUGUUUUACGCAGUGCAUGGUAGUUAUCACUCCCAUAAAUCUAUAGCAAGGUUUCUCUUGAGUUCUUCCUUUGCAGACUUAUGGUUAUGCAAAUGAGAUGGGGAACAAGAUAUAAUAAAGGCUUGAAAAAAGAAAAGACAGGAGGUGUAAUAUAACCUCUCCAAUGUCUAUAAGAUUAUUCUUUAGGUUUUGCCCUCUUCAUAUUCUUGAUGGUACAUAAGUAUAUUGCUAUCAUCAGCAUCCCACAUUGCCAACUUUCCAGGCACUAUUUUUAUCAUAAUCUAUAAUAAUUCUAGAGUGGCACUCACUUAUUAACAUGUGUGCUUCAUUAAAAGUGACUUAAUAUUUUUCUUUACGUUAUAAGGGUUCCGUUAUAUGUGCUUUGAAGAUAGAACUCUAGUUUGUGAAUUUGAGUUUGGUUUCAUUUUUGUCUGCAUAUGUUUUACUUAUUGUAAUAAUUUUUUAUUUUUAAACCCCGGGCCACAUAAAUACUUAACAUAUUCUUUAAUUUACAAAUGUGACCUAUAUUACUAGUAUUUUUAGGUAUUUUGAAUCAACAAUACUUAGAAAUUAGAGACACAUGUCAUUCCUGUUUUUAUAAAGGCUAAUACUGUUUGGAUUAUGUAUGUAAUGGAUUUUUUUGUAAGCUGUUAAAAAUACUCAUUAUGUUUACCAGUGUGGUAGAACUUGCUAUUAUUAGGAGUACUUGUGGUAAAUAAUUGGGCUUUGUUAAGAAUGAUUCUUAAAUUUUUUAAAAUUAAAAAAUCUCUAUUUCCAGUCAGCUUGAGAAGAAAUGUCGCACACUUAUGAGUGACAGAUUGGAUUACAAAGGCUGGUACUGGGUUGAUGCAGAUAAAAGCGUCAUUGAUUUAGAAAAGGCUGGAAAAGAGGGAAGAAGUCAACUUUAUUAUGGUAGUGGUUAGACAUUUGACAAGAAUUGAUUUUUUUCACUGAAUGACUUUUAGUUAAAAGCUGAUAUUUUCUGUUAAUGUUCUUUGAAACACUGACACACUAAUUCAUAUUAUGUUGUUAAUAUUAGGUUUUAGUUUUACAGUGUUAAAUUUACAUAAAAUGAUUUGAAUAUUUGUGCUUAGCGGUUGUUGUGAUAUAUUAAAGUCAUUGGAAGAACUAUAUCUAUAUAAUAGUAAUAGAGUAAUCCUUUAUAAUUUUUUUUUGUGUUGAAUUUCUGAUAUAUACAAUAUCAGUCGACAAUACUGGAUUGGAAAACAAUAUGAAUAAUAAAUACCUGUUAAAUCAAUGAAGUAUGUGUAACUGUUCACUUUAUAUUCUAACAUAAUUUCCAUUACCCACUGAAAAACCGUUUCAGUAAUGUCAACAUUUUCUUAUGCCAUAUGACAAGGUGAUAUGGUUAACAUUACCCUCUUAAAAUUAUCAUCACAAGGGUUUCUCAAUGCCAAUUAAAAAAAUUUGAACUGAAAUUACUUUCAUCGUUGCUUUGCAUUAUUGAUGAAGAUUAGUGUAGGUAGGAUGCAGUUUAAUUUAAUGAAAAAAUAAUAAAAUAGGCCUAAAAUUAUUUUUCAUAAAUGAAUUGAAUAUAUUCCUACAAAUAAAAAUGUGCUACUUACAAAGUAACUAAAUGAUAAAUGUAAUUUAUCUUCCAAAGGAUUCAUACGGAAUUUAUAAUAAAAAGUUAGUCAUCAUCUCAGAACUGGACAAAAAGUGAACAAUAAAUGGAUAAUAUUGAAAAUGUGUCAAAUAUGGUAGUUCUGAAGGAAACUAAAACAAUAGUAACAAAGACUAGGGCUUAACUGGAUGCAAUUUUUACCCAAGGUCCGGUUAUUUUAAGAAAAUAUCCAGAGGGUCCAAGUGUUACAAAAAAGAGUUACCUUCUCUGUUACUAUAUAAACAAUAGGCCCAAACACAGCCCUACACCCUAUGUGUCAACUAUUAAACAAUAGACCUACAGCCAUUCCUAUAUCAUACCUCCCGAUCUUUAAACAGUAGUCCUAAACCAUACCAGCCGCUCUUUAUUGAUUAAUAUAAUAGUCGCCUCCAAAAGAAUUUAACCUUUUACCUGAGUUUGACUGUCCCACAUGACGCUUGCUGCUUGACACCCUUUAUUUUCUUACUCGGUUACUAUUAAUAUAAAACAUGUUGAGUAGAGAGAGGGUAGUUGGUAAUAGGAAGCAGCCACACCAGAAGCGAAAUAUUAAUAAGUAUAAGAGAUUAAUAACACAAUUUAUUUAUUUUUAAGCCGUUUUAAUUGAAUAACUGUAAAUAAGUGAUUGUAAUACAUUUUAUUGAUAUAAAUACAUUGAUGAUAGUAAUUUAUAGUCAUACAAAAAGAAUCAAUCAACCAGUUUUCCAGUUAAAUAGUAC